UCGGGCUGGCGUUUGCCCGGCUGUUGGCUGGGCUGCCUUGACCUGCCCUGGAGAGCGCGGCGCCGGGCUGCCAGGGCUGCCAGGGCUGCAAGGGCUGCGUCUGUGCCCUCUGCAGAUGACAUCAUCAGGCGGAACCAGAAGGGGCGAGCCCAGCCGAAGAGGGGCAACCCGUGGAGGCGGCCGCUGAAGAGCAGACCCCCUGCCUCCAGGAGCGGGCGGCCGCGGUUCCAGAGCUGGGUCCCACCAGCCCUGCCAGGGUCUAGCCGAUUCCCCAGAGGAUUCAGGAAGCCGCCAUGGACCAGGAAGCCGUUCUGGAGUAGGAUGAGUGGCCCAGGGCCAAGUCCAGCUGGGCAGAUGCAAGGCAGGAGCCCCCUCAAUCGGGCAGCCUUUGGCCCGCAGGACAAGGCGGGGAAAGCCCCCCCGGGCAGGGCCAGUGACGGAGCCCCCGCGGACUCUCAGCCAGAAGCGCCUGCGAGAGCCAAAGCCUUCAAACCUGCAGGGACGUCUCCGCUGUUUCGGAGGCCCUUCCGAUUAAACCGAAGACCAGCUUUCCUCCAGAGGCAAUUCAAGUUCAACUUCAGCAAAGGGCAAAUCAAGUCGAGAAUGGAGGGGAAACUUUCAAGGAUGAGAAGGUGGCGAACGCAGCCCAGUUCUGGGGCCGUCCUGACCAUCUCUGUGUCUAACCCCCAGGCAGGCCACUCCACGGGGCCAGGACCCAUGCGCCCCUUCCCGAGAAGGAGAAACAGCGGGGCCCCGUACCCCCACCGCCAGCCGAGAGGAGUGCCCCUCCAGUUCAACUUCCGUGCUAUGGCUAACCAGACCAGCGUGACGCUGAACGAGCGAUUCUCUGGGCUGAGGCGCAAACGCCGUUUUGUGGCAGGACGCGGCACAAGCCGGACGGUCACUUUGCCGUAACCCUCUCCCUUGGGCGGAACCAGGCCGAAGCUGGGAAGGGGUCAGCCCUCGAAGGCCACCAGUUGUCUGAGACUGCCUGGGGAGGUCUCACCAACUGAAGCUUGGGAGGAGCCUCUUCAGUGGAGACGGUGACCUCCAGCGUGUCUCAGCAUUAGACUUACCAAGCCACUCGCAGGAGGCGCCUGCUGAGGAAGAUCUCCAGCUCUUGGUCUUCCCCAGGAGAAGGCUUUGUCCUCAGCAUCUGGUAUCUGCCUCUCUGCCUCUUCACUGCCUCACGUGGGUGGGAAGGAAAGAGUAAGUCCUUCGUUACCACCAGGGCCACCAUGGUGGGUCACCUGAACCUGGAAUUCCCACUUUUGCUUGUUUAUUUUUUUUGUUUGGCCUGAAAAGCACUUUUGCAGACCCGUUUUGAGGCACCCACACCCACUGGGGUGGGGCGGUGACAUCGCCACUGUCGUGUGACUGUUGUGCAAAUGAUGCCAAUUGUGCCACCCAUCAGUGGGGUGGUGAAGUCAUGAUGUCUGACCUCAUCACUGUGUCUACCAGAUGUGUAUAUUUGGAGGAUUGUGUCAAGCUCUAGCAAACAGAAUAAAGCUACUUUAGAAUAUGA